AUGUCCCUGGCGGUCAACCCACCACCACCACCCAACACCACUACUUCUCCUCCCACCGACGCACCCAGCCGAGCCAACCUGGCCCAGCGGAGCUCCACCCCCCACGGUUACAGUGGUGCUGGGCGGAAGCGUGGCUUUGCCGGCCCCGUAGGGCAGGGCGAACAAGAAGAGGAAGACAAAGGAGCACGGCUAGAUAGUGGUGGAGGUGACACAACAGCCACAGACAAAGACAAAGACACCCAGACCCCUGGUAGCCAACGGCCGAGUGUUUCCGGUUCGCCAGACGACCAUCAGCGGCAUGACGACGAUGACGAGCAGCACCAACACCAGCACCAGCACCAGCCCGGACAACAAGGUCAAGGUGAUGGGGGUGAUGAUCAACAAGGGGCUGAUACCCCAACUCCGGGGAGCGUCGAUGCCGGGAACAGCUUCAAGAAACGCAAGACCACAAGGAGCUCCCGGGGCGUGGCCCACCUAACGCCGGAGCAGCUCGAACGGAAACGAGCCAACGACCGCGAGGCCCAGCGUGCCAUCCGCGAACGGCAGCGUCAGAAGACGGAACACUAUGAGCGCGAGAUCGCCCAACUCAAGGCCACCAAGCCGUACCAGGAGCUGCAGCAUGCGGUCCGCCAGAAGGAGGCCGUCGAGGCCGAGCUGGCUGAUGCGAAGCGGCGGAUGGCUGCUGUCAUGGCCAUGAUCCAACCCAUCCUCGGUGCGGUUGAUGGUACUCCAUCACCCGCUCAGCCACCACCAUCACAAUCACAGCCUGUCCGGAGCCAGCCUCCCAGAAUCAAUACCGCUGGCUCAACGCCCAACAGCGCUGCUUCCCCCGUCUCGGCCGGGCCACACAGCCGUUGGCAGAACAGCCUCUCACCGGCCACGACGACGACAACGACAGCCACUAUCGCACCGCAACCGUCCCCGGAGAUGGGCGUGUUUGACCAGCAACGCUACGACCUCGCCAACAACCUCAACUUUGACAGCUCCAGCCGGCUCGGGCUCGACUUUCUUGUCGACUCCAACACCAAGAUCGCGCGGAUCCAGGACGGCUUCGAUGGCGCCCAGGACUCGCCGCGCUACCGCCAUGUGCCUAUGCAACACGACUGGACGGCCACCUCGUGCACGUUGCCGGGUAUGCAUGGUGGACCUCAGUCGGUACAACCGCCACCUCAGCAGCAGCACGAACCACAGGCCAUGUACGGCCACGGGCCAACAGCCAACGGGCCUUACUUGCCGCCUGUGACAUCUGCCAUGCCUACUUCUUCAUCCAGUACUGCACCUGCUCCGGUACUUUUGCCGAUUCCCCAUAGCUCCUCCUCCAUCCCAACAGCGACGAUGACAACGAUGGCACCCAUAGCGACAACAACAAUGCCCCCCAUAACAACGACAACGACAACAACAACAACAACCACCACAAACACCAAUACCUCACCCCCCCUCUACACCCUCACCCCCCGCAACUGCCCCCCCACCUGCCCCCUCGACUCCAUCCUCCUGGACUUCAUGUCCGAGCGCCGCCAACGCGCCACCGAAGGCCUACCCCCCUCGGAAAUCGUCGGCCCCCGCUACCCCUCCGUCUCCUCGCUCCUCAACCCGGCCAUCUCCGUCUACUCCCACCCCCUCUCCAAAGUCUUCACCGACAUCCUCGUCUGUUUCCCCAACCUCUCCACCCUCCCUGAGCGCGUCGCCGUCCUCUACGCCAUGUUCCUCAUCAUGCGCUGGCGCGUCUCGCCCACCCGCGAAAACUACGACCGCUUACCCCCCUGGGCCCAACCCUCGCGCGUCCAGCUCGAAUACCCGCAUCCGGCAUGGUACGAUUACAUACCGUUCCCCGCGCUGCGGGAGAAACUGGUGGCGGAGUAUAGGGAGGGGGUGUGUUUGUUUGAGAACUUUUUUGUGUCGUUUUCGUCGACGCUGAAUCUGAAUUGGCCGUAUGAUGAUGCGGUGGUGUUGUUGGCGAGCCCGGGGGGGGAGGAGUUGAUGAUUAAUCCGGUUUUUGAGCAGCAUUUGAAGAGGUUGGAGAAUUGGACUGUCGGAGAGGCUUUUGAGAGGGCGUGGCCUGGGUUGGCGAGGUUGUGUAAUUUGAAGAGGGGUUAA